AUGGGCCUCGGAAUCCUCGAACCCAAGUCGGGCGAGCACGUGCCUGGCACGACUCGAUUGAAGUACUUUGACGAUUCCAACAACCAGACGGAGGCAUCCGGCAAUGAAGCGCCGCCGUUGAAGUGCCAAAACGGCAUCAUCCUCAUCCCCCAGCCCUCGGACGACCCCAACGACCCGCUCAACUGGCCGCUGUGGAGACGGGAUCUCAUCACCUUCACCCUCUGCUUCGCCGGCAUCCUCGCCACCUCGCUCGGGUCCAUCCUCGCCUCCAACACGCUCGUCCUUAGCCUCGUCUUCACGGUGCCCCUGACCCAGACGGCCGUCCUCACCGGCUACUUCCUCCUCGGCGCCGGCGCCGCCGCCAUGUUCUUCGUGCCCUCCGGCCGCGUCUGGGGCAAGCGCCACCUCUUCCUCCUCGGCAUGCUCAUCAUCGUCAUCUCGAGCGCCUGGGCCGGAUCGUCCGGCGAGAACUACAACAGCAUGGCCGCCGCGAGGGCCUUCCAGGGCAUCGGUGCCGCCCCCUUCGAGAGCCUGCUCAACGCCGCCGUCGGCGACCUGUACUUUGUCCACCAGAGGGGCAUGCGCAUGGCCUUCACCAACCUCGCCGUCUUCGGCGGCGCCUUCUUCACGCCCGUCAUCGUCGGCAAGAUCACCGCCAGCAUGGGUUGGGAUUGGUCCUUCUACUUCGUCUCCAUCUUCAUGGCCGCCACCCUCCCCGCCGUCUUCUUCCUGUGCCCGGAAACGGCGUACCGGCGGGAGACUCGGCUCGACAUCGACGGCACAAUCGAGGAGGUCAAGCUCAAUCCCGGCCCCAACUCGGCCUCGUCCAGCUCGCCCGCCGACGCCGACGCCCUCGCCGCCGCCGCUCGACCGACGGGACUGGGUGCGCACGCGUCGGAGCUGCAGCCCAUCGGCGACGCCAACACGCCCAAGAAGACCUUUCUCCAGUCCCUUGCCCUCUUCGACGGCCGGAAGACGCACGAGCGCUACUGGAAACUCCUCCUGCGCCCCUUCCCCCUGCUCAUGAACCCGGCCUUUGUCUGGGGCUGCUUGAUUCAGGGCACCAUGAUCGGCUGGACCGUCUUCAUCGGCGUCCUCAUCGCCAUCGUCUUCGUCGGCCCCCCCUACUUCUGGGGCGAGCUCAAGGCGGGAUACACGUACACGGCCCCGUUCAUCGGCGCCAUCAUCGGCUUCGUCAUCGCCGGUCUGCUCGCCGACACGAGCGUCAGGCUUCUCACCCGGCUCAACAGGGGCAUCUACGAACCCGAGUUCCGCAUCCUGCUCGUCAUCCCCAUGCUCAUCACGGGCGGCAUCGGCCUCUACGGCUUUGGAAUCUCGGCCGACGACAUCAUCUCGGGCAAGUUCGAGUACAUCGUCCCGCUCAUAUUCUUCGCCUUUGAAGUCAUGGGCAUGGUCAUCGGCACCGUCGCGAGCUCCCUCUACAUCGUCGACGCCUACCGAAACAUGACGGUUGAAGGCUUCACCUUGAUGAUAAUCUUCAAGAACAUCUUCAGCUUCAUACUGACCUGGUACGCCUACGACUGGCUCAUCCAGAGCGGCAUCAAGUUUGUCUUUAUCAUCAUCUCGUCCGUCCAGGUCGGCGUCUGUCUUUUGAGCAUUCCCAUGUACAUAUACGGGAAGCGCAUCAGGGCCUUUUAUCACCGCCAUGACCCCCUGGCGAUGGCGGGUCUGCGAUGA